AUGGUUGGACGAAUUGUCUUUCAACUGUUCUCCGAUAUUUGUCCCAAGACAAGCAAAAAUUUUCUUUGCCUGUGCACUGGUGAGAAAAGCAGUGGCAAAACUACAGGGAAAAAAUUAUGCUAUAAAGGCUCAACUUUCCAUCGAGUGGUAAAGAACUUCAUGAUCCAGGGGGGUGAUUUCACUGAGGGCAAUGGAAGAGGAGGAGAAUCUAUAUAUGGUGGUUUCUUUGAAGAUGAGAACUUUACUCUCAAACAUGAUAGAGCCUUCCUCUUGUCGAUGGCCAACCGUGGCAAAGACACAAAUGGGUCCCAGUUCUUUAUAACUACUAAGACAGCGCCUCAUCUAGAUGGAGUGCAUGUGGUCUUCGGGCUGGUCAUCUCUGGCUUCGAGGUCAUAAAGAAAAUUGAAGGGCUGAAGACCGACUCAGCCAGCAGACCCUAUGCUGACGUCAGAGUGAUUGACUGUGGACAGCUGAUUACAAAGUCUGCUAACGAUGUUCUUCAAGGCAAAAGGAGGAAAGCCUUCCAUUCUGAGGAUGACUCUCCGAGUUCUUUGGAGUCUUCAUCUCAGUAUUCCUUCUCUGAUGGAGAGUCUGACAAAAAUUAUGCAUCUCGAAAGAGGAAAAGAAACUCGAAGAGUAAGCACUCAAAGAGAAAAAGAAGAGAGACAAAGAAGGACAGAGAGACAGUUAAAACAGCAGGACAUGAAAGUCAUGCUGAGGGAGAGAUGGCAGAGGAAGAUGAUGGUGAGGCUGAGCAGAAUGUAAAAAGGGAGAAGCCUGUGGUUCGACCAGAAGAGAUCCCACCUGUGCCAGAGAACCGCUUCCUGCUUCGCAGAGACAUGCCUACCCAGGAGGAGAUAGUAAAAACGGCCAUGCAGGACACAGUCGUGGCACCAAAUGACACAAAACCAACUGUCACAAAAUCUGGACGCAAGAUCAAAGGCCGCGGUACUAUGAGGUACCAUACACCCCCCCGGUCAAAGUCCCGAUCGGAGUCUGAAGGGGAACGGGGGAGCAGUGAGACUCCUCCACACUGGAAAGAGGAAAUGCAGAGGACCAAGGCUUACCAGCCCCCCAGUGUGGAGAGAUGGAGUAAAGGAGAAAGAUGGGAUGACAGAAGUGACACCCCAAGGUCUAGGUCAAGAUCAGAAGAGCGUUCCUUAAGUGAGGCUUCUGUACAUUCCAGCCAUCAUCGAUCUAAAAAAGAAAAAAAGAAAACCAAACGCAAGAAGAAAACUAAGAAACGAAAGCACUCAAAGAAACAUAAAAAGAACAAGACCAAAGAGACCUCCCAGUCUGAGAAUGAGAUGCCUGGGUCCUCAGGCAAGAGGUCGAAACACACAAGCUGUGCAGAGAGGAGACAUUCUCGAUCACGCUCUCAGUCUUACUCUCGCUCAUCGUCGUGCCACUCCCACAGAUCGUAUAGAAUAGGAUCAGAAAGGAGACGUUACUUAUCAAGCUCUUCUAGAGAUUCACGAUCUUAUUCAAGGUCCAGGAGCAGAUCUUAUUCCAGAAGUCGGUCAAGGUCUGAUAAGCAGGUUCGGUUAUCCAUGAGAUCAAGUCAUAGUCGAUCAGGACGGUCUGUUACACAUUCUAGGUCACGUUCUCGAUCCAGAUACAGGACAAGGUCAAGAACCAGAUCAAACUCUAGGUAUAGUUCAGAAACCCCACCACGUUCCAGGAAAAGAAAUGAGUUGAGAUCCCCUCGAAAGUCAAAGCCUACAGAGGGCGGUAUUUCCAAAUUGGACAAGCCUGUCCCUAAAUCAGUUCAAGGUGAAGAAUCUAAAGCCCAACCAGCAGCAUCUUCAGAGAGUGUCUCUGUGUUGCCUAUGAGUGACAGUCCACCUCCUUCUCGUUGGAAACCAGGCCAAAAACCAUGGAAACCCUCUUAUGUCCGCAUUCAAGAAAUCAAUGUAAAAUCAGCCCCAGCUUCAAAUGCACUAAUCAGCCCAUCAUCAAAUGUACCUCUGGAGGCAAUGUCCUCUCUAAAGCCAGACACGGCUGUUAGUCAAAAGAACCCCAGCAGCACUAACAAUAAUGUUCCUGAUAGGCUUCUGCAAAGCAGUUUGUCCAGGAGCAAUUCACCUACUCGAUCACGUAGUAGCAGCAAAUCAAAGAGUCAGUACGGCAGCAAAUCUUCCUCUUGCAGUAGGUCAGAGUCGUAUAAUUCAUACAAAGGAAGAACCACUGAAAAAAAGAGAAAACAUUGUAGAUCUCACAGAAAUAGCCAAAAGAGGGACACGCAUGGAAAUCAUGGUAGUGCCCAUAAAGAUUCAUCUCCCUCCUCAGAGAACACAUCAGAUAAUCCAUACAGUGCUAUCCACGGACACAAUGAUUCCUUGGUACAGAGAAACACACUGAAAGGCACAAAUCCCAAUCAAAGGAAAGGACCAUUAGUGGACAACAAUAAUGCAUCUGGAUGGGAAAGUGAAGGAGAGAACUCAAGUAAGACUAAUACUGCUCUGGAACAUAACCAACUCCCUAUUAGUGAUGAGGGACUUACUGAAAUGAAAAAGAGACAGAUUUUGUCUCGUUGCUGGGAGACUGAGAGUGACUCUGAAAUGCCAGACAAAAAGGUAGUUAGUGAUGCCAAACAUGUGUCUGAAAAAGAGGAGGGAGAGGCUAGUUCAGAAUCAGAGUAUGAACACCCUUUAUGGACCUCUAGCAAGUCAAAUCAAGGUGCAGAAAUGUCUAAAGAAUUAAAAGGUAAUGAGGAGCUGUCUGCAGACACAAAAACUUCAAAGCACAAGCACAAGAAAGCCAAGCGGAAGCACAAGCACAAAAGGAGGAACACUUCCAGGUCAGGAUCUCGCAGAUCCAAGGCCAAGAAAUCCAAGAAGCACCAAAAGCCGAAAGAGACAUUUCACUGGCAGCCUCCACUGGAGUUUGGUGAUGAAGGUGAGGAGGAUGAUUCAGUCACUCAAGCAAAACAAUUUCACAUAGCAAAUCCUGAUGCUGUCAGUGAUGGAGCAAAAAGGCGUAUAAAAGCUGGAAAGAUCAAGCACCAAGUCUCAGAAAAUAAGGAUGAUUAUCAAGGGAAUGUCGUAUCAUCACAAGAUAUGUUUUCAGGAGAGUCUUCUAAAGAUAUUGAUGAGAAUAGGAAGGUGACUGAAAGCCAAAAAUCGAAGCCAAAUAGCAAUAUUGAAAGAAGUCCAGCUCAAAGCCAUCUAGAGAUCCAUACCAAUCUUUCAGACACUAGUAACAAACCAAGAGACCCAAAUAAAGUUGAUGUAUGUCCUCCAGAAGCCAUCCCAGAAGCUAAGCAACCAGGUGCCAAAGUGAUUGGAUUUUCCCCUCUAAAAAGUAUUCGAAAUAAUGGUAGUGCGCUUGUUCCACCUCAAAUAGAAAGAGGAAACUCUGUAACAAUUGGAUCUGUUUUACCUCAAGGCAGUCAGCCAGAGGAAUAUGUACCUGGUGACACUUCUCUCUCAGCAGUUGAAAAUAAAUGGAAACCUUUGACAGGCAUGACUGUUGUGCAUGCCAUUACUACAAAACCUUUAAUUAUGAAAAUAAAUAAAAUGCAAGAUCAUCUGGAGGGAAAGGCCCAGGGUCUCAAGAUUGAGAUCAAGAGCAAGAGUAGAGUCCGUCCAGGAUCCUUAUUUGAUGAGGUACGAAAGACAGCUCGGUUAAAUCAGAGACCCAGAAAUCAAGACAGCUCAAGUGAAGAAGACUCUAUUCCAGCAACAGGAGAAAGGGCUGGAUCCCACUCUCAGAACAAGUCAAGGUCUGUGUCCAGUCACAGGUCCCACCGCAGAAGUAGGUCUCAUUCAUAUAGCCACUCCAGGAGCAGGUCCAGAAGCUACACCUACUCUUCCAGGAGCUACAGUAGAAGUAGAAGCAGGAGUAGAUACAGCAGAGGACACUCUCGUUCUCGAAGUAGCACCUUCCGAAGUUCCCGUAGCCGUACAGACAGUACAAGUCAUUCUAGAAGUCGCCACAGAGGUCGCCACAGAUCAAGGUCUGACUCUUCUGAUAGUUAUUCUAGCCGCAGUCGUAGCAGGAGAAGAGGGCAUCGGAGAAGUGAGAGCUCUGACCGCAGGUCCAGGUCAUAUCGCUCUUACAGUCGCAGUUCCUCUAGGAGGCGAAGUCAUAGCCGAAGCAGUCGAUACAGCUGAGCUGAAUUGAUGUAGCAUUAAGCCUCCUUAUCCUCCUUCAAAUGGUUUUCUGAACGAAUGGCUCAGUUUAAGUUUGAAGUAUGUACUUUGAUGUACACUGUAUCAUCAUUUAAUGUGUAAUUCACAUAC